AUUUAUGGAUGGUGUUCCAUGGAAGAACUAGGAUAAAGGGAUUUUUAAGAGGCAUAACAGCUCAUUUAUAUAUAUUUGGAUCUGUUUCCUUCUCGCGUUGGUCGUAGACCCAUGGCAAAGUGGUUUAGAGAUCACCUGAGUUUUGGCAGCAGGAAAGGACCGCCGCAGCCCCCGAAACCAGACUACACCGAAAGCGAGAUCCUACGGGCCUACAGGGCUCAGAAAGAGCUGGACUUUGAGGACCCCUACGAACCCCCCGAGAACCGCGUGGUGAACGGCUCGGGGUCUUUGGAAGUGUUUCCCGCAUUUGGCACAGUGCUGUCCAAUGGCUUGGAGGUGAAGAUUGUGUCUCCCAAACACAGACUGAUAAAAGUGGAAUCUCAGGAAUUCGGGCGUAGCAAAGUACCGCUGAACAUCGUGACCUUUGAGGAACCGCAGGCCCCUGUGGUUCCCUCAGCUCCUGUGGUCGGGGAGACGGAUUACUCGGACCCGUUUGACGCAAGGCCAGACCCGCGGCCCAGACCCGGCUGGGAGCAGAACGCUGUAGAGGCCUCCAGCAGUUACAUGGAGCCGUUUGAGGCCCAGCGCUUCAUAAGCGAGCUCCAGCACAGCUCAGAUGGGGGCAGGAGCAGCCCGCAGCUCUACGACAGUCCGUAUGAGGAGAGGUUUGGGCCCCGGGAGGCCCCCGCAGAGGACGACAGAGAGAGCCAUCUGCCCCAGGACGACGAGAGGCCCGCCGAUGAGUACGACCAGCCCUGGGAGUGGAAGAAGGAGAACAUCUCCAAAGCCUUCGCUGUGACGUUUGAGGCGGGAGACUGGGAUCAGUGUACUCUGCCCUGUGACGAGCCCCUGAGGAAAGCAGGAGUGUCCAGAAUCAGUCCCCCGUCCAGCAGAGCCACCAGCCUGAGCAAGACCAGCCACUCCAGCCACUCCCACUGCAUCCUGGGUGAGAGGGUGGACCCCACACUGGCCCUGGAGAAACAGGUGUGGUACCACGGUGCAUUGACGCGCUCAGAAGCCGAAUCUCUGCUCACGCUCUGUAAGGAGUGCAGUUAUCUGGUGAGGAAAAGCCAGACCAUCCGAAACGACUAUUCGCUCUCUCUCAGGAGCUGUCACGGGUUCAUGCAUAUGAAGUUCUCGCAGUCUCGUGAUGGCAAGUUCAUCCUGGGAGAGAACAGUCCUCCGUUCGACUCCAUCCCUGAAGUCAUUCAUUACUACACCACAAACAAACUGCCCAUCCGCGGAGCCGAACACCUGUCUCUGCUCUUCCCGGUGCUGGUGCAGACGCUCUGAGGCCACACACACACACACACACA